AUGGGAGGAGGUCUAACCGGUGCCCUUGGAGUCGCGGCACUCCUAACCUGCGCACUCGCAGCCUCUGCAAUUUCACUCCACGAACACGAUACCCCAUGGGACCCGAAAAUAGUCCAAGUAACAGACGGUCACAGCCACAGAAAAUUCGGUGUAGAUGGUGUAUUGGGCACAGAGAAAGAGUUCAGAAUGUUCAUGGAGAAGUACGGGAAAGAGUACAGUAGCAGAGAGGAGUACGUGCACCGCCUAGGGAUAUUCGCGAAGAACAUGGUGAGGGCGGCGGAGCACCAGGCGCUUGACCCAACGGCGUUACACGGCGUCACGCCCUUCUCCGAUCUCUCCGAGGAGGAGUUCGAGAGGAUGUUCACGGGAGUGGUGGGUGGGCCUCACAUGAAGGGAGGAGUUGCGGAGACUGCAGCGGCCUUGGAGGUGGAUGGGUUGCCGGAGAGUUUUGACUGGAGGGAGAAAGGAGCUGUCACUGAGGUGAAGAUGCAGGGCACAUGUGGAUCAUGCUGGGCUUUUAGCACCACAGGAGCAGUGGAAGGAGCCCAUUUCAUUUCAACAAAGAAACUUCUCACUCUAAGUGAGCAACAACUUGUAGACUGUGAUCACAUGUGCGAUAUAAGGGACAAGGCCGCAUGUGACAGUGGUUGCGAGGGAGGCCUUAUGACAAAUGCUUACAAGUAUUUGAUUGAGGCAGGAGGGUUGGAGGAGGAAAGUUCAUAUCCUUACACCGGCAAGCAUGGCGAAUGCAAGUUUAAACCAGACAGAGUAGCAGUUAGAGUUGUGAAUUUCACCGAAGUCCCCAUCGAUGAGAACCAGAUCGCCGCCAAUUUAGUCUGCCAUGGUCCCCUUGCAGUUGGUUUGAAUGCAAUCUUCAUGCAAACUUACAUCGGUGGAGUGUCGUGUCCUCUCAUAUGCCCCAAGAGAUGGAUAAACCAUGGCGUUUUGCUGGUGGGGUAUGGUGCAAAGGGGUACUCCAUCCUGAGGUUUGGCUACAUGCCCUACUGGAUCAUUAAGAAUUCAUGGGGCAAGAGAUGGGGAGAACACGGCUAUUACCGGCUUUGCAGGGGCCAUGGCAUGUGUGGGAUGAACACUAUGGUCUCUGCAGUGGUGACUCAAACCUCCUAAAACUUUCUAUUUUACCAUGCUACUUCUGUUUGUGAUAUAUAUAUACAUGGAUGGAAAUGAGUAAACCAGGCCAUGGUUGUUCCGCUUGUGAAAUAUUGGCUAGAAAUGAAUAAUA